AUGCCCCAAAAACGAAAGGCUCCCAUGCCGUACUCUUCACACAAAAGGCCUCGGUUAUCGUAUGAGGAGGAUGAUGAUGACGACUCAUCGAUAAAACCAUACGAAAAGCCGCAGAACCACCCUCUCUAUGGCCAGAAGAACGCGUUCCCAGGCUUAGACGAUGGCGGCGACGAGCUCUGCUACGGUGAUGAGGAUGGGGAUGCAGACGACGGACUGGAGUAUCUACGCAUGGUCAGAUCCGAGGCUAGCGCACUGCCUUCGUUGUUUAGCGCGACAAAGUCCAAACUUAAUACCGAUACACCCUCGGCACCAAUUCCAAUCGUACCCGAAACCAAAACCGCUGCCUUCCCUCCUGGGUUCUUCGAUAAUGAGGAGGCAUACAUCGCCCCAAUGAAGACCCAGCAAAAUACGGUCGCACCUCUCCACACGUAUCCGGAAGCCCAGGCUGCAUAUAAUAACCUUCUCCGACAUCGAUUCCUACUUCUACGAUCUACUUUAAAGUGUUCUCCUCCAGCUACUGCCAUCGCAGCCCUCGAUGACGCCCAUCCAAUCAGUCUCCCGCGCAAAGUCGAGGCUGCGCGCAAGGAAUGGCGACGACUUGUCAUGAGCGUGGAUCCACAGAUGGUUCAACUAGCCUGUAUGGACAUGGACAGUGUGCUUGGAGUUAUGCAGAUCAUGGCGCGCAUGAUGUCCGACGUCUUGCGGAGUGAAGAUCCAGAGAAGAUUCGAAGAAUCGGUGCUUGGGCCUGGGGCUUGCUGGGUAAAUGUCGAGAGAUUGGAGAGUUGUCUACAGAAGAAGUUGGAGAUAUUCGUGAUAUUGGGAAACGCGCUGUGAAAAUAUUGCAGAAAAUUCGGGAAGCGGAUGAUAGUCAAAAGGCGGAUACUGAGGAACAGCCAGACUCCUCGGAUAAUGGAGAGUAUGAACAACCGGAGGAUGCCGCUCCAGAAAUGGAGGUAGAAGGAGAAAAGGAUGGCGAGGUCGAUCAAGAAGUGCAACCUGAGCCUAAAGCUGGCGGCGACGACGACGCGGAUAUGCCUGAUGCUACAGACGAGGCCGCUGAGCUGGAGAAGGCCAAGGCCCGGUUACAGGCGCAGGUGCAAUAUAGUUCAGACAGCGAACCCGCUACAGACGAGGAGAAUGUCGCAAAACAGACCCGGGCUUUGCUUGACAUGAUCAUAAUGGUGGUUGGCGAGUAUUUUGGUCAACGAGACCUUUUGGAUUCGCGAGAAGUCUGGGCCUCUCCAGUCUGA